CAUACGACGGUGGAGGAUCAAAAACGGCAACCCCGCUACAUCCGAGGAAGAAGAGGUCCGAACAAGGCAGUCCAAAAGAAAACGAAGACAGCUUUACAGAGUCAUCUAGGGAUAGCGAUACUGACAUGGACGACAUGGACUUGUGGGGUGUGGUGAGUAACUGGAGAGAAAGGGGAAGAAACAGAAGACAGGAGUCGUCAGAGGAGACUGCCCCUGAUAUCAUACCACCACAGAAGUCAUCGGAGGAAACCGCCCCUAACACCAAGGUACACCUGGAACCAGCUCUCGAGGUGGAGCUCAGGACAGCUUUACGCCAAGUCAUACCGCAGCAGGGUUUGGCCUCGGAAGACUAGGC